AUGAAAGAAAUGGAUAACAAUAAUUCGAAAUCACCUCACUUUCUCUUCGUCACGUUCCCAGCACAAGGCCAUAUCAACCCAGCUCUCGAGCUCGCCAAACGCCUCGCCGGAACCAUCAUCGGAGCUAGAGUCACUUUCGCCGCAUCAACCUCCUCCUACAACCGCCGCAUGUUCUCCACUGAAAACGUCCCCGAAACCCUAAUCUUCGCCAAAUACUCCGAUGGCCUCGACGACGGUUUCAAACUCUCUUCCACCUCCGAAAAAUCUCGCAAAGACACCGCCGGACAAUACCUCUCUGAGAUGAGACGACGUGGCAGAGAAACACUAACCGAACUUAUCGAAGAUAACCGGAAACAAAACCGGCCUUUUACCUGCGUGGUUUACACUCUCCUCCUCACUUGGGUCGCUGAGCUAGCGCGUGAGUUUCACCUCCCUUCGGCUCUUCUCUGGGUCCAGCCCGUAACCGUCUUCUCCAUUUUCUACCAUUACUUCAACGGCUACGCAGAGGCAAUCUCAGAGAUGGCUAACAACAACCCCUCUGGUUCUAUUAAAUUACCGUCUCUGCCACUGCUAUAUCUCCGCGAUCUUCCUGCGUGCAUCGUCCCUUCCAACGUCUACGCGUUUCUUCUACCGGCGUUUCAAGAACAGAUUGAGUCACUGAAGCAAGACGAGAACCCUAAGAUCCUCAUCAACAGUUUCCAAGAACUCGAACCAGAAGCUCUAAGCUCGGUUCUUGAUAAUGUCAAGUUUGUCCCUGUCGGUCCGUUGAUAACCUCGAGGACUGAUUCUGGGACUCGCGUUGAUCU